AUGUUUAAAUUUAUGGUUUUGUUUCUCACGGUCCUCAUCGGCACCACAUUCGGUGGCAAGCCGAAGCCUCCUCCGCCGCCGCCGCCAGGCGAUUCGCAAGCUGCUGCCUCGGGCAACGAAAUGUGGCCCAUCGAGCGUCCCAAUGGCAUGCCGAACAUCGUCUCGUUGGAAGUAAUGUGCGGCAAAGACCACAUGGAUGUCCAUUUAUCGUUUUCGGCGCCCUUCGAAGGCAUUGUCAGCUCCAAGGGACAACAUAGCGACCCACGAUGCGUUUACGUUCCGCCCUCCACAGGCAAGACCUUUUUCUCGUUCCGCAUCUCGUACAGUCGUUGCGGCACCAAACCCGACCUAAACGGACAAUUUUACGAAAAUACCGUCGUUGUGCAGUACGACAAGGACUUGCUCGAGGUGUGGGACGAAGCAAAGCGUCUCCGUUGCGAAUGGUUCAACGACUACGAGAAAACAGCAUCGAAGCCGCCCAUGGUAAUUGCCGACUUGGAUGUCAUUCAGCUGGAUUUCCGCGGCGACAAUGUCGAUUGUUGGAUGGAAAUUCAACAUGGAAAGGGUCCCUGGGCUCCUCCAGUGAACGGAAUUGUUCCGCUUGGCUCGACUUUGACACUCGUUGUCGCAAUUAACGAUUUCAAGGGGGAAUUUGACAUGCGCGUGAAAUCCUGCGUGGCUUCCGACGGCGCCGGACACAUAAUUAAGCUCACCGAUGAAUUUGGAUGCGUUCUGCGACCCAAGAUGAUUUCGAAAUUCCUCAAAGCGCGCGCUCCCGAUGAACGUGCCUCCGUUUUGACUUAUGCUUUCUUCCAUGCUUUCAAGUUUCCCGAUGCCUUGAGUGUUCACAUCAAAUGCAAAGUCGAGAUUUGUCGUCAUGGCUGUUUGGAUCACUGUCAAUUGAGUUCCGGCGGACACGAACAUAACUUGCUCGAACGAAAAGACACGAAUUUCCCGCCCGAGAACAUGGCUUAUGACUCGAUGGAGCAACGAAUUCCCGAUAUGGACAUGUUGUACGACGACAUCAUCCAUCAUGCGGUGCCCGAACAGAAAAUCGGGCGGAUAUCCAAGAAAGAGCCCAAUAUGACGCGUGAAAAUCUGCCGCCAGUGAACAAUUUGCCGCCACUGAAGAAGCAAAAUCGGAUCAAUCUCUUCGAUAAUGGCUUUCCGAAUGGACCGCGACAUCUCCAGCAUCCCGGACCGAAACAAGAUCGGAUGGGUGUUCCGCCGCCACUUGUUGCUGGACCGCGUUCCAUGAAAUUCUUCAAUGACAAAACGGAUAAUAAACGAGGCAGUACUGUGCACAUUGGACGCGCCAAACGAGAAGCGGAUGUCGGGGUUUCGGGCAUGUAUGACGUCAUUUCGGAAAAUGACUUGGCUUUCAAUCAGGAAACGAAGCAGGAGCCGUUGACGGUGUUCCAGGGACAAAUUUACGAGGAAUUCGUGUCGGGCGUUUGCAUGCCACUUUUGAGCUUUUGCAUGAUUUUCAGUGCUGCCACGCUCGCGACAUUGAUCGCGGUGCUCUUUGUCGGAUGCUUGCUCUAUCGCUUGCAAAUGCUCAAUGAAACGAUGAUAAAACAGCAACAACAACACAGUAUUAGUCCAAAUGCCUUCGGAUCGUGGAUGACAAUGAGACUUUUUAGGGUACGAGAAAUGGGAUGCAAGCAAUAAAAAAAAAUUAAGACAUGA